AAAAGUUGACUUUUGUUUUUACUGAUUUGAAACUGCUUCAAGUAGAAAAAUUAGUAUAUGACAGAAAUGUCUUGCACAAGAUCGCAAUAAUUUGCGCUGUAUUCGUUCGUAAAGUUUAACUACACGCGUUCAAACAAAUCGAAAAAAUCAUAUAAUUCGUGUUCACAUGAUAAAAAUUUAUUAAAUGAUCCUGAAUUAUAGAUAAUUGUAUAGCAAAAAAACAAUAUGUCGUAUAUAAAUGAGCAAAAUCAGGGAAGCAAAUAUGGACAACUUGCUAAAAAAUUAUUAAAGAUAGCUUCAAUAUCUGGUAGGAAGGUUGCACUUCGUCAUGUUGGUGAACCUAUUGAUUAUUCUACUGAACUGUUGCACGAAUUUGGUACUACAGAUAUAACAAUUGGAGAUGUUACAGCAGAUGUUAUGAUAACAACAAUGGGUAAAAUUCCAAAUGAAAUGUUUUAUUUAGAGGAUACAGUUGCUACCGUAGUUCCACAAAGAAUACAGGAAACAUCUACAUUUGCAAAAGCUGUUAUGGCAACGCAAGAAUAUUAUCGACCAACAGAGUCCUCCAGCCAUUCGCCAGUUUUAAUUGCUUUACUAACCGCUCUUUUUAUAAUAUUGUUAUUAUGCUGUAUUACAGCAUGCAUCGUAACUAAGUCGAAGAGAAGAAAUAAUUUCUUUGGGAAGGGAAACAUGGAAUGCGAACCAGGAUGUACAGGACUGAAUCAGCCUCUGCUAGGAAAACUUUCAACCACUACAAAUAAAACCAGCAUUAGCUCUUUGAGAAAUUAAAACUGAUUUUGACACUAACUUGCAUACAACUUGCAAUAACUUUUUAUCGAAUAAAACACGGUCUUGAGGAAUUAUUAACGUGCGAUGUAGAAAUGUAAUACAAGCUGAUUAUAUUAUGCGUAGGCAUUGUGAUGAAACAGCACAUUGAAAAGUGAAAUGUUCUUCGAACUGAUAUUCCAAGAAUAUCUACAAAGACAAGUUUUGGAAAAGUUACAAGAUAUAUGAUAGAUUUCGGACCAAUGGAAAAUAUAAAAUGGUAACUUUGCUGAAAAUACGUUUGGAAAGGUCACAUGUAACCAUAGAACGAGCGAAAUGUGACUUAACCUAUAAACUAGACAACUUACCCGGUUU